AUGGUUGUGGAGACCAAGGAAACGUAUCAGACGAUCACGAAGCCGUUCAUCGUUAGCAUCCCUGCAGAGAACAUCGACGAGACGGAGCGUGUCAUCUAUGAAGAUAUGAGUCCGCGAGAUGGAUUCAUUUUGCUGCCUGACUUCAAGUGGUCGGAUCCUUCCAACUUGGAAUCGCUUUACUGCUUGGCCAUCGUGCACGAUCGAUCACUCCGAUCGCUUCGUGAUCUCACGGGCUCACACUUGAAACUGUUGCAAAACGUUCGGUAUCUCGGUGCGCAUGUAUUUUCACUAUCAACCAACAUACUACCAUCUGCACGAACGUUCUCAGGCAAAGCCGUGUUGCUGGACGAUGUGAUCUACAAUUUGUCUGUCAACGGCGACCACUAUAAGAACGCGACUUUGUCCUUCGUGGUCGGCGAGAUGCAGCAUAAACCGCUGUUCGAGCUUUAUCGCGAAAAGAAAAUCAUUUGA